AAGCAAGGCUGCGAAGCCGGCGAAGUGAGGCUGCAAAUCCGGCGAAGCAAAGCUGCGAGGCAACCGGCGAACCUAGGCUGCGAAGCCGGCGAAGUGAGGGGGCGAAGGGAGGCUGCGAAGGUUAUCAAUUUGACUAUGUAUUUGAUUGGACAAAUACUGAAGUAUCCACAAAUUGGCUCCAGUUCCAGAACACGAGCAAGUGCAAAACCAGCUUUGAACCCUGGACCUUCUGCAGAAAGAACAGAAAGGCCUUCAGUGGGACAAGAUUUUCUAGAAGGAAUGGUUCUGGGCAUGGUUCACAUGGUAAUAACUCCAGACAUAGAUCAACUGAUGAUGCGCCAUCAUCCAAAGAUGUGGGCUCAGCAACAUUUUGUUUGUAGGAUGGAUCUAAUGAAAGCAAUACUGAAGUGAGCAAACGCGAGAGGGCCAGGCUAGUAUACUAUUGGGGGUCAGUAUACUACUGAUGAUCAGUACACUACUGAUGGUCAGUAUACUACUGGGGCUAGUAUACUACUGGGGGUCAGUAUAUUUCUGAGGGUCAGUACUCCAGGAAAUCCUGCUGGAGAAACUUCUUCACCAUGAGAAGAGGUGAAAUUCAAAGCAACUUGUAUGUGAAAGCAGCAAAGCCAGAGAUAAAUGAUAUAUUGUUCAAGUUUCAUAUUGUAAUAUUUAUAAAUAGUUUUUGAAAUUAUUAAAUAAAUGAGUUGUUUAUAAGAAAAACAAAGAUGGAAUAUAGAAAUAUUAUUUCUUCACAA